AUGAGUCACCAUAGUACUCCUCAUUUAUAUAAUAAAAGAACUCCUGGUUCAGGAACUUUAGGUAAUGAAGUAUCAGGGUCAGGGUCAGGGUCAGGGCCAGGUUCAAAUUCUGGUGUUAAGGGUUCAAAUUCAAAUAUAAAUAUAACUAAUAAUAAUAAUAUUAAUAAUUCAUCCAAUCCAAAUUCUUCUAAUCCAACCUUAUCUAAUCCAAAUUCAUCUAAUCCCAAUAAUUUAACCCUUAAUUUUAAUAAUUCUAAAAUGGAUUCUACAAGAACAGUCACUGAUUCUCAAGCUAUUAAUGCUAAACAAUUAUUAAAUGCAUAUGUAUAUGAUUUUCUUAUUAAAAGUAGAUUACCUCAAACUGCUAGAAUCUUUGUUAAUGAAGCAGAAUUACCUUCAGUAUCAAAUUCAAAUAAGAAUUCACCUCAAUUAAAUAAUAAAAAUAAUCCUAAUAAUAAUCCUAAUAAUAACAAUAAUCCCAAUAGUAAUCAUACAACUCCACCAAAGGAUUCAAUAGAAACUCCUCAAUUUCAAAAGGAAAACAAUUUACCCAAUUUAGCCAUAGCUCUAGAUGCUCCUCAGGGAUUUCUUUAUGAAUGGUGGCAGAUAUUUUGGGAUGUAUUUCAAGCAAAGAAUAAUAAAUUUCCAGGAUCUCAACCUCCUGGAGUUCCAACUCAUCCUCAUUUAAUUCCAGGAUUACAACAACAACAACAACAACAACAACCAGGUCAACCAUUUACUCCUGGUCAAGGUCAGAAUUUCGCCUUACAAUAUUAUCAAUUACAGUUAUUGAAACAAAGACAACAACAACAAUUACAACAAUUACAGCAUCAACAGGAUUUACAAGCACAAGCACAAGCUCAUGCCCAAGUUCAAGCGCAAGGAUUCCCCCAACAUUUACAACAACAGGCUCAACAACCACAACCAGGUCAGCAACUGAACCAACCUCCAUUCCCACCUCAACAACAACAUGUACUUCAACAACAACAACAACAACAACAACAAGGCCAACCAGGAACUCAUCCAGGUAUGCCACCACAAAUGAUAGCCCCUCAACAACAAAUUCCUCAAGCUGGUCAACAACAGUUGGAUUCUCAACAACAACAAAGAGUCAUUAUGAUGAUGAUGAAACAACAACAAGCACAACAAGCGCAAGCCCAAGCGCAAGCACACGCACAAGCACAAGUACAACAGCAGACAGGUGUUGCUGGUCAACAAGAGCCUCCUCAUGCACCAAUAGAUCCUCAACAACAACAACAACAAUUACUAGCUGGUAAUGCCAAUUGGUCUGGAAUACAACAACAAGUAUUCAUGGCUCAACAACAACAACAAUCUCAAAACAGAAUGCAACAACUUGCACAAACUCAAAUGAAUAAUUUAAGGCAGCAAGCGGCCGCUGCUCAGCAGCAGCAACAACAGCAACAACAACAACAAAAUGAUGGUUCAAGUCGAAGUUCACCUGCCAACAGAUUAAAUCAAAUGAGUCCACUUCAAGGUCAACAAUCAUUACCUGGUCAACAACAACAAUUUGCAUCUCAACAACAACAAGCACCAUUUAAUCCUCAAUUAUCUGGAGUUCCACCUCAACAACAAGGUCCGCCACCGGGAUUAACUAUAGCCAAUGGUAAGACUAUGCAAAAGAGUCCGAAUCUUACUAAUGGAGCUAAUAAUUCUAACUUAACUAAUGGUAAUUAUGUAACCACAACCAAUGCUAAUGCCAAUAAUAAAUUAAAUGGAGCAACCACAAUUAAUUUAGCAGGUGCAACCACUAUUGGAGUCAAUGGAGGUCCUAAUUCAAAUAAUCGAAAUCUGAAUGCUUUACAAGAUUAUCAAAAACAAUUAUUAAUGCUAGAGAAACAAAAUAAAAAGAGAUUAGAUAUUGCAAGAAAUGGUACUAAUGAUCAAGCAAUGAUUGCUGGUCAAGCUCAAUCACCCGGAAAUCAAAGUACUCAAAUUAAAAAUCAAUUUAGUCAAAAACCUUCUCCAAUAACGGCAAGUAAUUCUCCUGUAAUUAAUAAUAAACCUUCACCAACAUUAGGUAAAAAGAAGAAAGAACCUGCUGGAAAGAGAGGUAGAAAACCUAGUACUGCUUCUAAUUCCAGUAAUUCCAAUUCUAGUACUUCCAAUUCCAAUUCUAAUUCAAAUUCAAAUUCAAAUUCUCAAACCAAUGGUUCAUCUAAUACUAGUAAUAAUAAUCCAAAUACUACUCCAUCAUUAUUAAAGAAAGAAUAUUCAACUCCUUUGACUCCUGCUUCUGAAAAUGAUAGUAAGAGAAAGAGGAAAAAUACUUCUGUAUCGGAAUCUCCCAAGAAACAAGCUGCUGUUGGUCCUAUAUCAAUUACUGGAUCUAAUUCAUUAAAUAGUAAGAAUACUAAGAAAGAAAAAUCCAUUAAAGAGGAUGAAACUGAUGAAGAUAGCAAGAAAGCAAUAACGGCAACAGCAACUGCAACUGCAACCACCACCACCACCACCACAACAGCAGCAGUUAAUUCAGACGAUCUUAAUAUGCCACCACCGGCUCCUACUACUGCCACAUUUGGAUCUCUUGAACCUAAUGAUACAAUGUUUGAUGUUGAAUUAUUACAUAAUGGAUCCAAUGAUAGUAACUCAUUUUAUCAAUCAGGUACUAAUGGUAAUGCAGCCAAUGGAGUUAUAGAUGAUAUUGGAUUUGAUUUCGAUCAAUUCUUAAAUGGUAAUGGGGAUGGAAGUUUAAAUGAUAGUAUGAAUACUUUCAAUUGGGGGAAUGUUGAUGCCAUAGAAAAUGGUGGAGAAUAA